AGCGCGACUUCACCUCACGCGACGUCAUCCAAUCCCCAUUCAACCACCCAACACAACUUACACAGCAAUGGCAGACGCCGACGACCACGCCCGCCCAACAGAAAAACACAGCUCCCGCAGACCCGAGCGAUCCCGAGACCGCGACAGGGAAAGGGACAAGGACAAGGACCGCUCGCACCGGUCUUCGCACCGCCACCACCACCACCGGUCCUCGCACCACCACCGGUCGCGCUCGCGCGACAAGGAGCGAAACCGCGACAAGGACGGGGACCGAGACCGAGACCGAGAUCGCGAUCGUCACCACCGCAAGAAGCGUUCCCGCCGCGAUGACGAGGUGGAAGGCUCCGGUUCCGACCGCCACCACAAAUCGCGGCGGGAAUCAUCGCAAAAGACGAAGUCGGAAGAUGUCCUGGAGCCUACAGAACCCGCACAACUCGUACAAUCCGUACAACCCGCGGAACCGUCCGCUAAACGCGACGAGUGGAUGGUCGAGCCCAGCGCGGACUUUAUCGAUUACACGCAGCGCGGCGCGCGCAAGCCGUCGCCGACAAAUCUUGCCGUGAAACCGGAUUAUCGGCCUACUAUCUACAAGAACGAGCUGAACCAGCAGUUGCGCGACGGGAAGUCACUAGAUGAGUACGCCGAUGACGAGAAUGGGGCCAAGGAGGGGGAGGUCGCGUAUAUGUUUGGAGACAGCGGGUCGAAUUGGAGGAUGACCAGACUCAAGAGGUGUUAUGAGACGGCGAAGGAGACCGGGGUUGAUCUGGAGGUGGUGGCGUUGGAGAGGUAUGGCGAUCUGAGGUUGCUGGAUGAUGCUAGGGAGGAGGAGAUGGAGCUCGGCAGGAGAGAGGUCUAUGGUAUGGACCGUAAGGAUGCGAAGGAGAAGCCGACGGGGGAGCUGUGGAGGGAGAGGCUGGCUAAACGGCAAAAUAUGGAGGUGAAGCUGGAAGAGCGGGCAGCGCAGGAGCAGGCGAGGAUCUUGGACGCCGCUCCUCCUCCUCCGCAGCCGACAACUACGGCAACAACGGUUGUCGAUCAGACUACGCUCAACAAGAUGCGUGCGGCAUUGUUGAAGGCGCAGCUGCGCGGUGAUCUGAAGGCGGCGAAGAUAGAGGAGGAUUAUAAUGCGGCUGUCGAGACGGCAAGAUCGGCGCCGAAGACGGAUGGUGUCGUUGUCUUGUCGGCGAUGGAUACUCGACAGAUUGCCGGACUGGGUGGACGUGUAGGCCGUGAAGUGGUGAUGGGCAAGAAAGGGAAAGUUGUGGAGAAUGAGGAUAUGACACUCGAUGACAUGCUCAGGGAGGAGAAGAUCACGAGGGGACAAGGUGCGGGACGACAGAUGGCCGAGCGGAUCUCGAGGGAUGCGAAGUUCGAUGACAAUCUGGACUACAUGGACGAGAAUGCGGCGAAACUUGCCAAGCGCGUUCAAAAGAACGAGAUUGACAUCAAAAAUAUGGCUAUCAAUGAGUUCAAGAAGGUGCAAAGAGUGCUAGAUACAUGUCCGCUAUGCCAGCAAGACGACAAACCGCCAGUGGCACCCGUGAUCUCGCUGGCCACCCGCGUCUUCCUGACGCUCCCGACGGAACCAGAGCUGUGCACUGGUGGAGCUGUCAUUGUACCUAUCCAACAUCGCACUAACAUGCUCGAGUGCGAUGACGACGAGUGGGAGGAAGUAAGAAACUUCAUGAAGAGCUUAACGCGCAUGUACGCCGCUCAGGACCGAGACGUAAUCUUCUACGAAAACGCUGCUUCACCUGCGCGCCGGAAGCAUGCCGCAAUCUUUGCCGUCCCACUCCCGCGAGAACUCGGCGAGAUGGCACCUGCCUACUUCAAAGAAGCGAUUCUCUCCGCCGACGAGCAGUGGUCGCAACAUAAGCCAAUCAUCGACACCCUCAAGUCCGGUCACGGAAAGAUGGCAUUCCGCAAGGCACUAAUUAAGGAAAUGCCAUACUUCCAUGUGUGGUUCACCAUCGACGGCGGAAUGGGACACAUCAUCGAAGACGAGAACCGUUGGCCCAGGGCGGACCUGUUUGCGCGCGAGCUGCUAGGGGGGAUUCUGGAGUGCGAACCAAAUAUCAUCAAAAAGCAGGGACGAUGGAGGGGCGGACGCGACCGCCGCGAGGAGGAGUUCAAGAAAACGUGGCAAAAUUGGGAUUGGACUAAGGUACUGUACGGAUGAUGCAUGAAGACUCGCUCGGAUGGCCCCCGAGACACACGGUGGGGCGGGGAAGGCGCUUUAUCUACUCUACCUCCUAAUUCAUAUACUUGUGCAUGGAAAACGUUCUCGGCAGGAUUUGUGCCUGCUCCAUCCAUCCAUAUUACAUACCAUUGCUUUUUCCUCUCGACUCCCCUCCCCUCUCCCCACACAUGUGCAUGAGCGAAGCGCAGCUGCGCAGGCUCAUGCACAAUGAAGGAGAGAAUCUGGUCGUGAUUUUCUGUAAGAACCAACCAAUCACAUGGAGCAUAUGCGCAUAAAAUACCUCUCUCUCUCUCUCCACGCCGCAGCCGAAACCCCCACCAUCACCACCACGCCCCGCCCACGCAUCUGAUCGGAGCAAAUCCCGUAAUUGAACUACUCGCGUAUGUAGUAGUAGUUGGUUAGUGGGUUAGUGGUGAGCUUAUAUAGUUUCCCCCGUCCUCGCUCGCUUCCCCACAUGUCGAGAAAAACGGG